AGCCCUCCCAGGUUAGUUGGCUUGGUUCACGGUCUCUGUUUUCCUAAUCCUUUCAGACCAUUUGUGAGGUGAGGCUUCGCAGUUUUUCUGGAUCCCGACGAAUUUUCGGAAACUCGCUAGUCUUUGACCUUUGUUAAGUAAUUCAUUCCCAAGCAAGGCUGGUCUGACCACACCUUAAGCGCCGGCCGCGUGUUCACGGUUUCCACGACAACACCUCGGGAGUCAGUUGCGCUCGGUCUCGCGAUAAGAGGGGGUUAAAUCCGGAGAAUUGCGCAUGCGUUUUGUCCACACGGCCUCUGAACUCGGAGGCUUCCGUAGAGGGCGUGAGAAAGAUGGCGGCGGCAACACUGGACCGUUUAGGUGCGUUGUGGAUGCAGAAUCUGAGGGGAAAGCUGGCCUUGGGGCUUUUUUCAUCUCACAACGUUUUACCCCAAUCACAUAUUCACACAAGUGCUUCUCUUGAAAUAUCUCGGAAGUGGGAGAAGAAGAAUAAAAUUGUUUAUCCUCCACAACUGCCUGGAGAACCUCGGAGACCAGCUGAAAUCUACCAUUGUCGAAGACAAAUAAAGUACAGCAAAGACAAGAUGUGGUAUUUGGCAAAAUUGAUACGAGGAAUGUCCAUUGACCAGGCUCUGGCUCAGUUGCAAUUCAGUGACAAAAAAGGGGCCCAGAUAAUUAAAGAGGUUCUCUUAGAAGCACAAGAUAUGGCAGUGAGAGACCACAAUGUGGAAUUCAGAUCCAAUUUAUAUAUAGCUCAGUCCACCUCAGGGCGAGGCCAGUACCUGAAACGCAUCCGAUACCACGGCAGAGGUCGCUUUGGGAUAAUGGAGAAGGUUUUUUGCCAUUAUUUUGUGAAGUUGGUGGAAGGCCCUCCACCUCCACCUGAGGCACCAAAGACAGCAGUCGCCCACGCCAAAGAGUAUAUCCAGGAGCUUCGCAACCGGACCAUCAUUCACACUCUAUGAUGGGGGUAUUAAGACUCCACAGUGUAUAUAUUUUACCAUUUAUUUCCUAAAACCAACAAAAAUUAAAGACAGAUGCUUUUUAUG